UUCCACCUCCAACUUCACAUCACCACCUCCUCCAGCAUUUGUAGCAGCGGACAUUAGAACCCAUCACCCAACGACACUACCAAAUCAUCCCAUAGCUGCACCGCAAAAAGAACAACAUCCUCAAAAGGCGUGCGCGCCCCUCGCUCCUCGGAACAUCACAGCCACCAGACGGGAACAACCCGCCGCGUCUCAAUCCGGCCCGAAAACACCCCAAAACCACCACACCUUAACGCUGGCUGGACCUUGAAAAUUGCACCGCCGCCGCAUAACCACCGCAAAAACAACGAACAUCAAACACCACCAACCGCAAAAAUGUCAGCCGACGACCCCUCCUCAAUCCCCACCUCCACCUCCCGCCUCUCCUCCCGGCCCACCAAACGUCUCCGCGCCUCCUCACCAACCAGCCUCCAAGCCUCCCACCUGCAACAACUCUUCGCCAAACCCGACCGAGAAAUCAUCAUUCCCCCCUUGCCCUCCUCCUCCUCCACCUCUUCUUCUUCACGACUACCUCCGCCCCCGGAGAUCGUGACCAACGUCCAGGGUUCUUCCGCCGGUGCGGGAUCGGGCGAGUUUCAUGUGUAUAAAGCCGCUCGUAGGAGGGAAUAUGAGAGACUGAGAAUUAUGGAUGAGGAGGUUGCGAAGGAAAGGGAGAGGGAGGAGUUUGAGGCCAAGAAAAGUGAGAGGGAGAGGGCAGAUGAGGAGAAGACUAGGAGGAAUCGGGAGAAGAGGGAGAAGAAAAAGAAUAAGGGGAAGGGGGGCAAGGGUGGUGGUGGAGGUGGGAAUGGAGGGGGUGGAGGUGGAAGUGGGAAUGCGGCGACAGUAACUGCGGCGGCUGAAAAUGGGGCUGGGAAGAAAGAGACGAAGAAGGAAGAGGAUGGAGGCGUAAAGGAGAGCACAACUGGAGCUGGAGCUUCUACCAAGGACACUACUGGUGAGAAGGCCGCGAAGGAAGCGGACAAGUCCAGUUCGACCGCGGUGGCAGCGGCAGCUCCUAAAUCCGCAAAUGGCGAGUCCGGACUACUCAUUGUUGAAGACGACUGAAGCAGGACGUCUAAUGGUUUAAUCCAGCGAGUAGAGCGGCAACCAGCGACUGGGGGAAAGCAAAGACAUCACGACCUGCAGUUACGGAACAAGGAUAUACGUCUCGACCAGGCCUUACAGAACCCCUUUUAUCUACCAUGCCAAGGUCUAUCUAGCAUUUACAUAAAGGGGUGCUCAUGCAGUAUGGUGGUAUGCGUUGACCACAAAUGAAUCAUUAACGGGAUAUCAUACCACCUUUUGCCGGACUGACUCUAAUUCAGUAGGCCCUGGGCUACCCACCCGCAACCGUCAUUACAUUUACUCAUCACCUCCGCCAGAGCUGACACCGACACCUGGCUGUGCCUUUCUGGCACUGCAGAUAUCGUCAACUCUCAAUAGGAGGC